AUGUUACUUUCACUAAGAAGACUACUGUAUAAAUUACAAAAUUUAAAGAUUAAUUUCAUGGACCCUACAACAAAAUCAAAUUCAAAAUCACUACUAAGAAGAUUUGGUUUAACAAAAAGACAAAUUAACUUAUGCCUAAUAGCAAGCUUUUUCUUAUUCAUCUUAUAUUACAUAUAUGAUUUUUUCUUCAAUCCAGCAAAGACAUUCAGAAUAUUCCCCAAAACUUCAUUUGAUAUAGUAAAAAAUGAAAAUGAAUGGUUAAUCAACGAUAGUAUACUAAAAGAAAAAAUAGAUAAAUUCCAAAGACAAAACGAACUACUACAAGACAUAAACAAUAAUGAUGUAAUAAUAAAAGAUUUUAGUGAAUUCCCUCUAGCUGAAGAAUUCAUAAAUGGUAAUGAUUAUAUUCCAUAUUCAUUAAAGACAUUCACUGAUCCAUAUCCUUUAAUAGUUGAUAAAGCACCAGAUUUUGAAUUUGUAGACACUUUUAUGUGUUCAGAAUUAGAAUAUGAAGAUUCAUUUGAAGUUACUCAACAAACAUAUUUAAAUUAUGAUUUAGAACAUUUUUUAGAAAAUUUAAAAAAAAUUAAAGAAUAUUGGGAUUUAAUUGAACUAGCUCGUUUAAAAUUCAAACCAACUAUACCUGAAUCUCAACAAUGGUUUAGAUUUGGUGGAUCAAGUGUUUGGUUACCUGAAUUUAAAAUUCAUUACAUGGUAAGUAGAGUAUUAUUCACACCACUGGGGAUAGCCAAUAAAGCAUAUGUUUCAUUCUUGUAUAUACAGAUUUAUGAUGAAAAUUGGAUUGAAUUACCUAAAGACACAAAAAUAACUGUCCCAUUUGAAGAUUUUCCUUUAGUUAAUCAUAUGAAUUUAGAUGGUACUUUCAACAUUUUUAAAUCAAAGGGAGAAUUAAAUUUCAAAACUAUAAAAUUUCCUUAUAUUUUACCAAUCCCCAUUGAUUAUUCAAUGUCAACUCCUAAUGAAAAAUAUUAUUAUGGACCAGAAGAUCCUAGAAUAUUAUUAAGAACCAACCCAUUGGGAUUUAAUGAACCAUUGAUUGUAUUCAAUAUGAAAGAUUUGAAAUUAAUUAAAAGAACAAUGUUUUUAUAUUUACCAUUUUCUAAUGAUUUAAAAGUAUUGAAAAAAAGGAAAGAUCCAUACGCUAAGAUUGAAAAAAAUUGGACACCUUUUAUAAGUCCAUCACAACACUCGUUAAAUAAAAUAAAUUUUAUAUAUUCAAUAGUACCAUUAGAAGUUUUGGUAUGUGAUAUAAAUACUGCAAUUUGUGAUUUUUUACAAAAACCAAAAAAGAAAAAUAAAGAUUAUGUUGGAGCAUUAAGAGGAGGAUCACAAUUAAUUCCAUUACCAUUACAUAAAAUGUUACCACCAAAAAUAUUAGAAGAUUAUUUUAAUUACCCCAAAAAUAGACAAAUAUUUUUAGGUUGGGCAAGAGCUCACCUAAACAAUUGUGGAUGUGGUGAAUCAAUGUAUAGACCAAAUAUGAUUAUAUUAAUUGAAGAUUAUAAUCCAGAAACUAAAAAAUUUUAUUAUAAAUUAGGUGAUGUUUCUGAAUAUUUAGAUUUUGGUGCAUACGUACCACCAUGGGUUACUCCAAAAACUGAUCCUAAAACAGGGUUAAUUAUAGAUUCAGAAAUUGAACCAAAACAAUGUGAAGGUAGAAAUGUAUUAAUUCCAAAUUCUAUUGCAUAUUGGGAAAUUUUAAAUAUUCAACAAAAUAAUGAAAUUAUAACAAAUUUUCAAAAUAUAGAUAUUAAAAAUCAACAUACAUUAGAAUUUAAUGAUUUUAUAGGUAUAACAUUAUCAGCAGCAGAUAAAGAUAUUUCAAUAGUUCAUGUACGUGGUUUAUUAAAUUAUUUAAUGAAAUUACCUAGUUUAUUAGAUUUAAGUACACAAAUUAUAAGUAAUGAUAGAUUUAAUAUCAGAGGUUUUGAUUGGAAUAAUAAAUGUGCAAUGAUGGCUUCAAAAGAUUAUUGUAAAAAUUAUGGUAUUAAUAAUGGAGUUGUUAAUGAAGAAGAAGAAGAUACAAAUCCAGGUGAAUCAUAA